AGCCCCGUAGUACCCAUAUCGUGGAGCUCCCAUACCGUCCCCUGCUACGCUCUUCGUGCCCGCGGAAUACUCGCUACUCACUCCCUUGAGAGAACCACUGCGCUCGCACACCAACUCAAUUGUGCACGGAGCGAACUUAUUACCAAGGCGGCGGUAGAAGAAGCGGAAACAGACUCUAGCAUUUAUUUCCUACUAUUACAAGAACCAUGGACCUCAGCAGAGGGAUAUCCACCAGAAUCAAAUCUCUUCUAUAUUUUUAUGGCCAGCAACACCAAUACAAAAUGUGUAACAUACGUUCGCAAACACUCCAACCUCAAACCAAAACACCACUACACACACGAUAAUUUCAUAGUAUCGAUGACGGUAGAAAUCCAGACCAAGAAAACCCAAAUCCUAAAUAUAUAUUCCCCAGGCCGAAGUGGCCCCUUCGCUCAAAUAGCAAGUACAAUCCAAACCCUUGAUAACUGUCUGGUAAUGGGAGACUUCAACUGCCACCACCAAAUGUGGUAUGGAGUAAAUUCACAUGAAUACAGAAACAACAUUCGAGCAGACCGCGUCAACGGCGCACGGUUAAAACGAUGGAUAACCCGACAGAAACUGUCCCUCCUGAACGAACCAGGCGUCUUUACGCAUUUCCCCAGAGACAGAGGGAAAAGGCCCACAACCAUCGACCUUACAUUUGUAAAAGGCCCAAUACUCGAUCACAACCUACGAUGGAGCACUGAACCCUACGGAGCGCGCUCAGACCAUGGGAGAACCUCCGUUCACUUACACUUGGAGAAACCACCUUUUGUACCAAGACGAAUGUGGCGACAAACAGACUGGAAGCUAUUGGAAAACCACAUGUCAAACAUUUCCAUCCCUGCAGAGGCAUGGGAAACCAAGGAACUUACGGAACAGACUGUCGAUUUCUUUCUAGAACUGGUCAGGUCAACAGUCAGCAUAGUAACACCGCUCUCGAAGGAGGGGGUAAGAGCCAACUCCUGGUGGUCAGAUGAAAUGAAACAAAUGAAGGCAAAGGUAAAUGCAGCAGAAAGGAAGGCGAGAAAUACAAGGAAACCCAAUCAUGUGGAGGAACACAGGAAGGCUUGCAGGGAAUGGACAGUCAUGAUCCGGAAAGCAAAAGCGGACCAGCGGGAAAAGACGAUGAACGAGGCGAAAGGCAGUGAAGUCUGGAGAAUCCUAAGCGCAGGAAGGAGACGAGACACAAUCAUACCAACCAUACAAGGUGAAGAAACGUUUGCUGGGAAGUGUCAAGCUCUAAGAGCCCAACUUUUCCCCUCGAAACGGAAGUCCCCCGACCAUCCCCCCUUGAACAUUAGACCCCCCUCCUUUGACUUUAGCAACACCUUCGACAUAGUCACCCCCGAAGAACUUAACAAAGCAAUCGACUCCUGUCCAGCGCACUCGGCGACCGGCCCGGAUGGCAUCCCUUAUACCUUUAUUAAAGCAAUAGUCAAAGCAAACACAACUCUAAUUCAAGACAUGUUCUCCGCUAUGCUCCGGCAUGGUGUACACCCAGCGGAAUGGAAAAUAGCUAAGUGUAUCCCGAUCCCGAAACCCGGUAAAGCAAAUUAUCAUGAAGCAAAAGCCUACCGACCCAUUUCCCUUCUACAAUGUUUCAGUAAAAUCCUGGAGAAGAUAGUGGCCCAAAGACUCUGCACCGCUGGAGAAAUUCUAGGCACACUCUCAGCAAACCAAUUCGGAGGAAGACCAACCAUCUCGGCAAUCGACACCCUCCUGAGAACCUUGACACCAAUACAACAAAACCUACUACUGGAAAACAGCACCGGAAUUGCCCGGCGAGAUAGACCAGCGAUCCUAACCAACGACAUCCAAGGAGCAUUUAAUUGUAUAGAUCACCUACUCCUCACGGAAAUUAUGCACCAACAAAAAUUCCCCACCUAUCUGACAGAAUGGUGCAAGGAAUUCAACACCGGCAGAAAACUACAGUUCCAAUUCAACCAUGAGCUAGAGGAACCACAGCCCUAUGAUUCUGGAGUGCCGCAAGGUAGCCCCAUGUCUCCGGUACUAUUCAUGAUCUACGCCGGAGUAAUUCUGGACCCAACUAGCAGCCCAAAAGAGAUGGAUACAACUUACAUUGAUGACGAUGCGCUGGUGCAAAUAUCCAAAACACCAGGUUUUACAAUCAAGAGAAUGGAGGAACGAAUGAGAGAAAGACUAAUUAAAGCCGAGCCACUCCAAAUUAAAUACGACCCAGAUAAAUCCGAUCUGAUCUUGUUCCGGCCCACCACAUCAUCCACACAACAAUCACGACUUCCAGUCAAAGUUAACAAUAUCGAUAUAUACCCCAAGGAGAGGCUGAAAUACGUAGGAGUCUGUAUAGAUCCGACCCUCUCCUUCCGGCCCCAUAUGGAAGCAGCGAUCGCAAAAGGCCAGAAAGCCCUCCACCAAAUCCGAAACACUGCCCGCCUGCCAGGUAUAACAGUCAAGACAGUUCAUCACCUAAUAACACAAGGCUUCCUUCUAAGCCUGCUCUACGGAUCUGAGGCUUGGUGGACUGGCGCAGACCACAUCAUUAGAUCGCUCGAACCACUAUACAACGAAGCGGCCCGGAUCAUCACGGGCCUACCUCGAUGGACCAAGAGAGCUAAACUCCUCCGAGAGGCAGGACUACACCCCCUAGAACACCUCCUAACGUAUCGCUCAAGAAAGUACGGAACCAGAAUACUCUGCUCCGAGGCAACCCACCCCAACAAUGAAUCCCUGAUCGAGCUCCUCCCAUACAGAGAAGCAAAUAUCAAAGGAACAGGCCUACACCGAAUCGCUUCCCUACUACUCCCAUACCAGACCCCCGGAAAUGCGAGAGACAAGUGGAAUCAAAACAAACUACUACGCGACCACCUGUUGGAAGAAUGGAAUACACAACCAAUACUGGACUACCAUCACCGGGGGGAAUUCCGCCCCCCUUCCAAGAUUGCGAAACUCACCCUAACGGAAGCGAAAAAAGUUUUUCGAAUCCGGUGCCAAACUACCCGAAUCGAUAAACACGCGGUAUAUACAGACCCCGAACCAUGCCAGUGUGGUAUGGAAAAUUCAGCGAAACACAUACUUAUGGAAUGCCCAGCGUGGGCUCGAACCCGCGCCCCUCUGAUGGAAAAGAUCCCCGGAGCGAUGACCUGGGAAAACUGGAUGUUUACAAACUUGAAAACGGACCUCAUCUUACAAUUUGCGAAAGAUUCUCAACUCUCGAAGUGGUACAAGUCGGCGGAAGCGGAGGAGGACCUAGAAGAGGGGAUGGAAGAAAAUGAUUAG